GUUUUAUGCACGCAGCAAGUGUUACAUUAGAUCUAAUAAAUUCUAACAUGCAAAUAUUUUUUAUAAUUUUAAUGAUAAAAAAAAUUUUAAAAAAAUGUGAAGUUUAAGAUUUUAGUGAUCGUCAGUAAGACGUAUCAAAAUUUAAUUAAAAACUAUCAAUUCAAUGUAAACAUAAAUAUUUUUUUUAUUGUCAUGCCUUACAACAUGAUGAGAAUUAAUUUCAAAACAAUUUUGUUAAUAUUAAUGGUUGCUGUUGCUAGUUCAAUAUUAACAUACUGGGGCAAUUGUACUCGUUUAUUAUUUGUCAACAAGCCUGAAGUCCAAUUACAACAAAAGCAGGAACAACAUUUGGUUAAUAUCGAGCCAACUUAUCAAGAUAUUGAUUGUAAUAUAAAUGGUGGUUAUUUGAUAAGUUGUAGAAAAGAAGGAGAUGAAGUUUACAUACCAUUUUCAUUUAUCCACAAAUAUUUUGAGAUUUAUGGUAAAUUAGCAACAUAUGAUGGUGUUGAACGUUUUGAAUGGUUACACAGUUAUUCAAAAAUUUUAUCACCAAAAAGUAAAUAUGAUUCACGUGGUGUAUUUAUGACAUUUGAAAAUUAUAAUGUUGAAAUACGUGAACGUGUUAAAUGUAUAACUGGUUAUGAUGGUGUACCAAUGUCAACACAAUGGGAAACACAAGGUUAUUAUUAUCCAACUCAAAUUGCACAAUUUGGAUUAUCACAUUAUAGUAAAAAUUUAACUGAACCAGAACCACAUCGUAAAAUAAUUGAAGAUGCUGAAAAUUUAAAAAAAAAUUGGCAAAUAUCACAAGGUUCAACAUUAACACGUACAUUUGAUGAAUAUAAAAAUACAUAUAUUUAUGAAUUUACAACACCAGAAUUAAGUAAACAAGGAAUUUAUUUACAACUCAAUCAUAUACUAUCAUUUGUUAUAAAAUUUGAUUUAUAUAUUAUUGAUAAUACAACAAUAACAAUAGUACUACAAAAUCGUGAAAAAAAAGAUUUAUAUUAUCUUCAUUAUUCAACAAUUGAUACAGUAUUAAGUACAAAUAAUAAUCAUAUUUAUUAUGGUAUUGGAAAACGUAAAAAUACAUGGCAUCGUUUAACACGUGAUUUAAUAAUUGAUUUACAAAAAGGCAUUAAUAUUAAUGAUAAUACAAAUAAAGUUAAAAAAAUUAAAUUAACAAAAUUAAAAUUGAAAAUUAUUAAAAUAAUAUUAAUUGGUAAUGGUAAAAUUGAUAAUAUAACAUUAUCAACAAGUGAACAUAUUGAACAAUUUUAUGAUUCAGCACGUUGGUUUGUUAAUAAUCAAAAUAAAACAACUGGUGGCUGGUCAAAUAAUGUCAAAAGAAAAUUAGCAAUUGGUAUGAAUAUUUUAGAGCCUGGAUGGUAUUCUGGUAUGGGACAAGGACAUGCAUUAUCUGUAUUAUCACGUGCAUAUUAUCAUUCUGGUGAUGAUAAUUAUUUAAUUGCUGCAAUAAAUGGUCUUAAGCCAUUUAAAACAUUGUCAGAAAAUGGUGGUGUAUUGGCAAAAUUUUUAGAUAAAUUUAUAUGGUAUGAAGAGUAUCCAACACAACCAGCAAGUUUUAUAUUAAAUGGUUUUAUAUAUGCUCUUAUUGGAUUGUAUGAUUUAAAGACAAUUGCACAUGGUUAUGAUGAUGCUAAUGAUGCUGGUAAAUUAUUUGAUGAUGGUAUGAUAUCAUUGAAAAAUAUGCUCACACUUUUUGAUACUGGAUAUCGUACAACUUAUGAUUUACGACAUUUUACAUUAAAAAUUGCACCUAAUAUUGCUAGAUGGGAUUAUCAUGCCACACAUAUUAAUCAAUUAUUACUCAUCAAUACCAUUGAUGAUGAUCCAAUAUUUAGUUUAACUGCUGAAAGAUGGAUUGGAUAUAUGAACGGUAAAAGAGCAGCUCAUAAUUAAGGUUUUUUUUUUAUAAUUUUUAAUCAUUUUAUUUAUUUUUAUUUUACUAACGCUGAUAAGUCUAUCGAGAACCAAAAUUUUUUAAUUAACAAUUUUGUUUUGUAUUAUAUUAUGAAUGAAAAAAUUUUUAAUCAACGACAAUUUUUAAAUUUUCUACUUCAAUAAUAAUUUUAGUAUUAGUUUUUUAGUUUUUUUAGAUUUUUUUUUUUUUUUUUUUUUGUAUCUACUAAAUUAGAAACUACCUCUGAGCCUUUUCUAUUCUUCUGAUAAUAUUUUUAUCAAGUCAAUAUUUUAAAAAAUAUUUAACAUUGACAUUUGGUAUGAUGAAAAUAAAUAGUUAGUGUAAAUACAUGUAAAUCAUAGUGCCAGAUAUAAAAUAUUGAUUUGAAAAAAAAGAAAAAAUAGAUUGAAAUAUUUAGAUAAAAUUAAGCAAGUAUUUUUAUCUUAAAAUACAUAUAUAAAUAUAUAUAGUAACAUUUUAUUUUAAAAUUUCAUUCGAAAAAAAGAUGAAAAAAAAAUAUAUAUGCUCACAUUUAUCAUUUUUAUCGAAUGAAAUUAAUUGACAUAUUUUUAAUAUUUCGAAUUGAUAAUUCAAUAAAAGCUCAGUAUAUAAUCGAAACUAUUAUUCAAAAGAAAUUGAUGAAAUAUUUUUUUAUCAAUCAUCAAUAAAUGAGCUAAAUUUUAUCAUUUAAUUUAUAAUUUAUUUCGAACUGAUUUUUUUAUACAUUCCAUUUAUUUUAAUUAAUUAUAUUAUUCAUAAUUUUUUUUGUUAUUAUAAUUUAAAUGUAAAUAAUAUUUAUAAUAGUUAAUAAGUAAUAUUAAAAUAUAUAUUUUCUCUCAGGAUUUUAUUGGUCUUUCGCUGAAAUAAAAAUAGUUUUUAAAAAUAGAUAACAACAGAAGAAAAACUGGUAGAAAAAAAUCCUGAGAGAAUUUUAAAAAAAUAUGUAGAUUCAUCUGCUUUUUAGAAUCUGAACAAAAAAAAAAAAAAUAUUAGUGAAUGGUGUACCUAAUUGUGAAUGACGUCAAAUACUUUUCGUGAAAAAAAUUUUUUAUUUAAAAACAAAAUGAGCUUCCCAUCUAUAAACUUAUACAUUUUGUAAGAAAAAAAAACGAAAAAGAAUUGUAUAAUUGUUUAUGUAUUUUUAAGUUAUUGAAAAAAAAUUUUUAUUUUUAUUUUAUCAAGUGUGAAAGUCCUGUAGAAAACGAGCUAAAUUACGACUAGAUUUAGAUUAAAUUAAAAAAAAAAAGGCGUUAGUGCUAUCAUAUAAAUAUUAUAAAAUAAAAAAUAA